AUGUCCCCUAACGACAAAUCUACAGAAUCCACAGAGGGCACCCAACCCGACCAGAAUGAUGUCCUCCGACGCCCAUCUCUAGUAUCGUCACGAACGCUCUCCGACUCCGGGCGGCGGAUCUCAUCCCAACAUGUGCGCUUCUCAACCGAUCUCGAUCGAGAGUCGGUCGAGGAACAACGACAAGCAAGCGGGGACGGACGCCCCAAUUCCCGCGGCCUGACCAUCAACACGGCGCUGGCGCCUCCGUCUGUUCGACCCGCUCCCUCACCUACCUCUCCGCUCUCACCUCCCAAUGCGACACCAAGUGCGACCCUCUCCCCUAUUUCCCCAAGCUCUCAGUCCGCCGGUCGGUCUCGGUCGCGAAAUCGCGGAUACUCGCUACGUCGCAGCAUUUUUAAUAAGACCAUCAACUCGACGGAGAAGGAUGAUGUCGCCCUGGCUGAGCUGGGCGAGGUCAAGGAACCCUCGUCUGAUGUGACUCCCGCCCAGGCCCCGGCCCCGGCUGCUGAAACGCUCACUGCCGCCGAUGAGAAACAUGCUCUUAGUGUCGCGCCGACGGCGACGCUCGACUCGAUUCAUAAGGAUGAUGCUUCCCCGUAUGUCUCCUCGGACUCUUCAGAAAGAACUCUCAAGGAACAGUUUUCCGUGUCUGUGGCCCAGGAUAAAUGGCGCCAACAAAAGGCGACUACUGCGGUGGCUGUCGCGCGUUUCCAGGCUGUUAUGACGUCUAUCCAGAAAUUCAUUUUGCGCAUCAAGGAUAUUCCACCUACUAAAGAUGGGCGCCACAUUGACUUGAACCCGUCUAUGGUAGGUUCCAUGAUCGAUGAGCGCACAGCGAAGCCUUAUAUUGGGAACUCUAUUCGUUCCAGUCGGUAUAGUCUUUGGAGUUUCUUCCCCCGCCAAUUCUUCGCCCAAUUUACCAAAGUCGCCAACUUCUACUUCUUGGUUGUCGCUAUCUUGCAGAUGAUUCCUGGCUUGAGUACAACUGGAACCUACACGACCAUAGUUCCUCUGUUGAUCUUUGUUGGUAUCUCAAUGGGUAAGGAAGGCUUUGAUGAUUGGCGCCGGUAUCGCUUGGACAAGGAAGAGAAUAACCGGGAGGCUUGGGUGCUUCGUCCAGGUCACGGGAUGAUUCAAGAUGGCGCCUCCAUGAUAAGCAACGCUCAAGAUUGGGAGCGGAUCAAGUGUGAGGAAAUUCGUGUUGGAGACGUCAUUAAAAUUGAGCGCGACCAGCCGAUUCCCGCUGAUAUUGCUCUCCUCCAUGCAAAUGGACCCAACGGCGUCGCUUACAUUGAGACCAUGGCUCUCGACGGUGAGACAAAUUUGAAAAAUAAGCAACCUUGCCAGCCUGUAUCCAAGGUGUGCUCGACUGUGGAGGAUAUCGAUAGCAACACCUUGCACUUUGUCGUCGAGGACCCCAACUUGGAUCUCUAUAAGUUCGACGGUCAUGUCAGUGUCAAUGGCCAGGAGAGAUUGCCUUUGACCAACAACGAGAUUGUUUACCGUGGCAGUAUCCUUCGCAACACCGACCGCGCUCUGGGUAUGGUGAUCUAUACUGGCGAGGAGUGCAAGAUCCGCAUGAACGCCAACAAGAACCCGCGAAUCAAGAAGCCCGCUCUCCAGGACAAGGUCAACCGCGUGGUGAUGUUGAUUGUCGUCUUGGUCGUCAUCCUAGCUGUUGUCUGCACCGUGGCCUACAAGUACUGGUCUCAAGACGUGGAACAACAUUCUUGGUAUCUUGAAAACGCCAGUGUCUCCUAUGGCCCGAUCUUCACUUCGUUCUUGAUCAUGUUCAAUACCAUGAUUCCCAUCUCUCUUUAUGUGAGUAUGGAAAUCGUUAAAGUUGCCCAGAUGCUGCUUCUGAACGACAUCGACAUGUAUGAUCCCGAAACCGACACCCCACUCGAGGCGCGCACAUCCACCAUCAACGAGGAGCUCGGUCAAGUCAGCUACAUUUUCUCCGACAAGACCGGUACCCUGACAAACAACUCCAUGCGCUUCCGCAAAAUGAGUGUGGCGGGAACCGCGUGGUUGCACGACGCGGAUCUCCAAGAGGAGGCCGCCCUUGAAGGUGAUCACACCAAGCUGAUGCACAAGAAGCGCAAAGUAAAGGGAAAAAAGGCAAUGGGCCGCAAGUCCAAUGUGUCCGAGGCUCAGAUGCCCCGUCCGUCGAAUGUCUCCGGUCCUUUUGAUGCCAUCCGUCAGUCUGGUCGCUCGGCUACCACGUACCGCACCGAAGAGAUGCUCGAAUAUAUCCAGCGCAAGCCGUACACCAUCUUUGCCCGAAAGGCUAAACUGUUCAUUCUGUCCAUGGCCCUUUGUCAUACCUGUAUUCCCGAAGGAGACAAAAAAGGAAACACCACUUUCCAGGCUGCUUCCCCCGACGAGUUGGCACUUGUUCUUGCAGCCCAGGAGCUUGGAUAUCUUGUCCUGGAUCGCCAAUCAAACAAAUUGACGAUCCGCACUCAACCAAACGGACCGGAUGAAGCGACCACGGACGAAGUCUACGAGAUCAUGGACGUGAUCGAGUUCUCAAGCGCGCGAAAACGCAUGUCAGUUGUUGUUCGCAUGCCCGACCAGCGAAUUUGCUUAUUCUGCAAGGGUGCCGAUACCACGCUGAUGCGUCUCCUGAAGCAAGCCGAUUUGGCACGCGAGAAGGCGGCUGAGAUCGAGCGCCGCGCAAGCAGACGCAAGAAUGCCGAUAUGAACCAGGUCAUCCAACGUAACAGUGAGGCCCAUAGCCGGAAGAACAGCAUGGUCCGGAGCAGUAUGACCCGACCUAGCUUCACUCAUCGGCGGUCCUCAAUUACUGGCCCACAGGGUUCGGCUCUUCGAGCCAGUAUUGACGUUUGGCUGCGUGAUCGGGAGACUGAUGGUGGUAUGCGGAACAGAGAGGCUGAUAGUGAGUAUUACAGCCCUCGGCCCUCGGCGCAGAUGGGUAGACCCUCAGCUGCGAUAUCGGACUCUGGAAGUUCUACGAAUGGCGAAGAUGACGAGGAGGAUCUUGUGGAGGAGGCACUGGUUGUCAACGAGUCGGCUAUUUUCGAGCGCUGCUUCCAGCAUCUGAAUGACUUUGCCACUGACGGCCUGCGGACUUUGUUGUAUGGCCACCGGUUUUUGGAUGAAGCGACCUACACGAACUGGAAAAUUGCCUACAAUGAGGCUUGCACUAGCCUUGUUGAUCGGCAGCAGAAAAUCGAGGACGCCGGCGAGCAGAUUGAACAGCAGCUGGAUCUUACCGGUGCUACUGCUAUUGAGGAUAAGCUGCAAAAGGGCGUGCCCGAGGCUAUUGAAAAACUGCGACGAGCCAAUAUCAAGAUGUGGAUGUUGACUGGCGACAAGCGGGAAACUGCUAUCAAUGUCGGCCAUUCGUGUCGCCUUGUCAAGGAGUACUCGACACUGACUAUCUUGGAUCAAGAGAAUGGCGAUGUUGAACAAACGAUCGUGGACCUUAUUGGGGAGAUUACUCGUGGCCGCGUGGCACAUUCUGUUGUAGUGGUUGAUGGCCAAACGCUGUCAACCAUUGAAGCGAAUGAGAUGGUGCGUGAACGGUUCUUCCAACUAGCUGUCAAGGCGGACUCUGUCAUCUGUUGCCGAGCAAGCCCGAAGCAAAAGGCCUUUUUGGUCCGAUCAAUCCGCAAACAGCUCACCGACGCAAUAACGCUUGCUAUUGGAGACGGCGCCAACGAUAUCGCCAUGAUCCAGGAGGCCCAUGUGGGUAUAGGCAUCACUGGAAAGGAGGGAUUACAGGCCGCACGUAUCUCAGACUACUCGAUUGGCCAGUUCCGUUUCCUUCUCAAGCUGCUUCUAGUUCACGGUCGGUGGAACUACAUGCGUGCUUGCAAGUAUACACUCGGCACGUUCUGGAAAGAAAUGUUGUUCUACCUGACUCAAGCUUUGUACCAGCGCUGGAACGGUUACACUGGCACCAGUUUGUACGAGCCAUGGAGUCUGAGUAUGUUCAACACACUGUUCACCUCGCUCGCUGUCAUCUUCCUGGGUAUCUUCACCAAAGACCUCUCAGCGUCGACUCUAUUAGCCGUACCGGAGCUUUACACCAAGGGCCAAAGGCACGGCGGCUUCAAUAUCAAGCUCUACCUGGGCUGGUCAUUUAUGGCGACGUGCGAAGCAGUGAUAAUUUUCUUCACCAUGUGGAGUCUCUUCGGCCUUGCCAAAGUCAACCCCAGCGACAACGACAUCUUCUCCCUAGGCCUACUCACCUUCUCCGCGUGCAUCAUUGUCAUCAAUGUCAAACUCCAAGCUUUGGAAGUCCACAACAAAACCUACAUGUCGCUAGCCGUGAUAAUAAUCUCCGUCGGCGGCUGGUUCGUGUGGGACCUUAUCCUUGACCGCGAAUACACAAUGUCUUCCGGCAAAGGCAUUUACUUCCUCCCCUCCAACUUCAUCCAUCACUCCGGCCACAACCUCCUCUUUUGGACCGUCCUCCUUCUCUCCACCUCAGCAGUCCUCCUCUUUGAAUUUACAGUUUCAGCUCUUCGCGCCUUCUUCUUCCCAACAGACGUCGACCUUUUCCAAGAAUACGAACAAGACCUCGACAUCCGCAGACGCUUCGAAGAAGCAGCCGCCUCCGAACUCCAACAGGGCUGGGACCACGGUACCAAGAGAUCAAGCUUCGAGAUCGCCCGCGAAAACGCCGAGCUCGCUGAGAUUGAAGCCCGCGAACGCCAGGUGCGCGAGCUACUUGCCCGCCCCCGCGUUAUGGACUCCAAGCCCGACACCAAGGAAGUAGAGCUCGAUGGGUAUACCAGCGCCAGCGCGACGGUUAGUCACAACAGCAGUGUGCCGAGUCGCGAUGCUUUGAAUGCCGAAACGGACCGUGGUCGCCAGUCUGGCCUCCUCUGUCCCGAAGAUGCUACCGGACGUCGACGCUCCGUUGAGAUUCAGGAGCUCUUCAGCAAGGGCUAUGGAGCUGUGCGCAAGGGCCAGCUCAAAUGA